AUGAACAAAUUAAACAUUCUUAUGAAAUCAAUUUUGAGUAUAUCUCCUCAAUAUAAUUUUAGAGGUAUUGGACCAAUAAGAAAUUUUCACAUAACCAAAGUUCAAUGUUUAUAUGCCCCAUCAGCAUUGGGUGUAGAUUCAUAUCUUCAGACUAGAAAGAGGAUAAAGGAACAAUUCGCCCAAUAUACUAACACUUUUAGAACUAAAAUGAAUGAUUUCGUUCAAGAUCCUAAGCAUAUGAUAUUUACUGAAGACCUCAAGAAUAUGGUUCAUUUAGCGGAACCUUCGGACCUGGAUUUGGUGCUUGACAUGGUUAAGAAGUUUAACACACAAAAGACAGAAUUCAGAUUUGGCUCAUUUAUAUUUGGCCCUGUAGUUAUGAGAAUGUUCUAUUUCUUAGAUGCUCCUACAGAAGCGAUUAAGUGUUUUGACGACCCAGCAAAUGCUGGCUUCUUUGACCAAUUAGUCAGUUACCAAAUCUUGUUAGAUCUCCUUUACAACCACGAAAUGUUUGAUGAAAUGUACAAGAUUUUCGAGAAAGUACAAGAACGGCGAGUGAAUAUGACGAAGUACCCUAAAUAUCCGGUGGUUUUGAUACUGGCUGCAUGUUAUAAGCAGAAUACACCAGGAAGCUAUGAGUAUGCAAAGAACUUAUGGAGAGACAUGUCGAGUUUGGGGACAGCACCUUUAAGGAGGAGUUGUACUUUUAUGGGUGCCUUGGCGUUAAGGCACAAUGAACCAGAAGUCGCUUUGGAGUGUCUAGCAUUACAAACCCCGCAUUAUAUCACUGUUAGGAAUAUUAAAGUCACAGCUUUAGCUCAAAUGGGCAGGGUGGAUGAGACCUUACCCAUUUUGAGAGGUGUACUGGACGUAGAUAGACCAGAUAAAACGGACAGGCACACGUUUUUCAAGGAGACGGUGGACGUAGUACGGGAGGCAGUCAAAAAUUCGAAUAACAAAGAUAUUGAAAAGGAGUUUGAGACAAUUGCAAAGGCUUUACAAGACCGAAAUUUAAUAGACGACCAAACUCUAGAUAAGUUAGUUACCAGCGAGAUCACCAUAUCGGUGAAGAAGGCGCCACCACACGGAAUGCCCCGGAUGCCGUACUCUCAAAGGAGAACGAAGAUCCUGAGCUAA